AUGGCCGAUACCCUUGACUCCAUUGUCAAAGGCGCCCCCCUCUCCUCUGCGGCCGGCCUCACCUCCCGCAAUGACCUCUCCAAAACAAGCGGUGUUACUGCCGAACCGGGCCCAGGAGGCGCAGAUGAGAAGUCAUCGUCGCCAACGGGAGAUCCCCUCUCCCACACGCCGUCCUCCCCAUCCAUGAUCUACCUCAACCUUUUGAUACUAGAAGCCUCCCUGCGCGUGCAGUAUCUCGAGCUCCGCGCCCGGCGCCGGCAUCACACUUUCUUUCUCUCGCUGCUCACGAUAUGGACGGCUGGGUUUGGGUACGCACUCUUUCUGGCACCAAGAGAAGACGGCUCGGGCGUGGGCGGGUCGGUAUACUGGAUGGUGGAAACAACAGAAAGGAUGUGCUUCCUAGGUGGCGUCAUGACCGGACUGCUCGUCUGGCUGACUGGGAUCUGGGAAAGGGGCGUGAGGUGGCCGAGAAGGUGGUUUACGGUCAGCAACAGGGGGCUGAGGGGGUUCAACUGUAAGUUGGUGGUUAUGAAAAGGCCGUGGUGGAAGGAGGCGCUGAGCACAAUUGGCUGGUUUUUGACGUAUGGUGUGUUUUCGAACAAUGGGAGUUCUUACCGGUUUGUGGACCCGACCGUGUUGAGGGAAGUGGAUAGGGAGUUGAAUUUGAGCAAGGACUCGCAUCCAAGUGUACAUGUCACAAAUUGGGAUGAGGAAAAGGGGGGGCAUGAAGAGGACCUGGCGCCGGGUGGGGAUUAUGUCAAGCUUCUGCUGCUGGCGAAGCCGUUCUCGCCCAGCUUCCGGGAGAACUGGGAGUUGUACAGGGCGGAGUACUGGGAAAGGGAGAACGAAAGGCGUGCUUUGUUGAGGGUGAAGCUUAAGGAGAGGGACCUCAGGCUGCGAAGGGAACACGGGGGUUGGCUUUGGUGGCUUCCCUGGCGCAAGGUGGUGGACAAACCGUCGCAGCACCAUCCCGAGAAGGUAGCCCAUCAUCCACACCACCCUCGCCAUGCGGCAGUAUUGGGUGAACACAAGCGGACGAGGAGCGGGAGUGGCACCAUGAGAAGAGGAAGCAUGAACCUGGGAACACCAGGAUCGCGAAGCACGACACCGACGCUCGAGGUUGACGACCAAUAUCUCGGUGUCGCACGAAAGGCAAGCACAUCUUCUACGGCGUCUGAAAAGAAGCGAAAGAAGCUAGGCUCGGCCAGCAAAACACGACCUCGUGUGGAAUCGAGGUCGGUGACGCCCGAAAUAACGUCACCCUUGGCCAAAGAGUCGACGCCGACGAAAAGAGUAUAG